GAAGGACGGUCCCCACCGCGUGCUGCUCCGCCCUCCGCGCCCGGGGAGGCGGCGGAAGGAGCCAGAAGGGGCCAUGGCGGCGCUGCCAGUGCUGCUGGUCAUGGGCGUGAGCGGCUCGGGAAAAUCAACCGUGGGCGCCCGGCUGGCUUCUGAGCUAGGGUGGAAAUUCUACGAUGCAGAUGACUAUCACCCAGAGGAGAACCGAGUGAAGAUGGGGAAAGGGAUUCCACUGAAUGACCAGGACAGGAUUCCAUGGCUUUGCAACUUGCAUGACAUUUUACUCAGAGAUGUAACCUCAGGACAGCAUGUGGUCCUAGCCUGCUCAGCUCUGAAGAAAGCGUACAGAGACAUCUUAAUACGCGGAGAGGAUGGUGCACCUCCGAAGUGUGACGAGCCAGGGAAGGAAGGAAAGCCAGCCGAGGUGCAGCUCCUUGUGGUGUAUCUGAGGGGGUCAUUUGAGGUCAUCUCUGGACGCUUACUCAAAAGAAAAGGACAUUUUAUGCCCGCUGAGUUAUUGCAGUCUCAGUUCGAUACUCUGGAACCCCCCUCAGCUCCAGAAAAUUUCAUCCAAAUCAGUGUGGACAAGAGUCUUCCAGAGAUAAUUGCUGUAAUUAUGGAAGCUCUCAAAUGAAAUGCACGUCACUUCCUAUCAGUGGUCCAGAACAGAACUAGGCAUGAAUUUCUAUCCUAUCCCUGACCAUGUUAAAGCAUCCAUGUUGGUACUGUGCUCUAAAUUCCAGUUAGGGUGAACAAACCACGAUGUGUUGAAAUAUACUUGUUUGGAUGUGAUUUUAGGAAUUUGUGGCCCUCUUGUCAUCAUGCUCUGCACACUGGAGAAGAGGAGAGGGAACUUGGAAAGUUAAGCUUCCACUGAACUUGAAAUUCAUGUGAUCCAAUCAAAUGAUUAGAGGAUAUCGUAUAAUCAGUGCUGAAAUCAUUACCUUAUUGAGAACAUUCUUGAUCAGACUAUAUUCCAACAAAUAAGUGAAACUUGGCUAUCCUUGGCAUCCCUUGGAAAUUGGUCUUGGGAGCAGAAAUGUGUCCAAAAUCAACCACUCACCAGCAAGUCAUUUUACACCAUACACCUCCAAAUCCUCUGUCCUUUCAGGAUAAGUAAAUAAAAAGCACUAGUUCACGGAUAUAAAAAACAGCAAAGGGCCCUAACCGGUUUGGCUCAGUGGAUAGAGCGUCGGCCUGCGGACUGAAGGGUCCCAGGUUCGAUUCCGGUCAAGGGCAUGUACCUUGGUUGC